UACCUUCAAGUUUGGCAUGCUGGCACAAAUAUAUAUUUAAUCAGUCAAACUAACACAUUUCGAGAAAUUUAUAUUUGCAAAAAAUAAAAUAAAUAGAAAUUCGGUGCAAAACGAAUAAUGUCCAGAAUUUUGUUCGCCGCAACGGCCCGAUUUGUGCGUAAUAUAUGCAACGGUGAGAUGUUUCACAAUAUGACGCAAAGGAUAUCGACGGGCAAAUUUAAGUCACCAUUUGCCAGCAAUCGCAGUCAACCCAAGGGCCCCCAAGCGUCAACAGCUCCCAAGUGUCCAGGAGCUCAGGCCGAGGUACCCAAAUUGAAACCGGGAUACUUCCCCAGCGGUGGUAUGCAUGCCGUAUUCAGUGAUCUACCCCAGCCAGAGGGGGAUUUCUUUAAGGCCUGGAAUGCCAAGAAUAGCAAAUAUAAUAUGGUUCUCUUGAGCGGUGUCGUGGCUUUGUGUGGUGCCAUUGCUCUGAGUGUGACCACUGGCCUAUUAAAUCUCUAUUGGGCCAUUCCCGAAUAUCCCUAUAACCCGGAUGAGAUGGAGGACUUCGCCGCCGAGGAAGAGCGCAGGCAACAGGAGAAAGAAGAACGCGAGCAGCGUCAUCAGGAUCGCGUUGAGGCCAAAGAGCUGAGUGAACGACGUCGUGCAGCCAGGGAUAACAUGGCCCGCGAAAAGGAAUUGAUGGAAAAGGAUAUGGAUGAAGGCAUCAGCGAUGCUGAAAUGGAGGAGCUGCAACGACUUGGCCAAGAGCGCGAAGAGUUCAAUAAGUGGGAAACCGAGGAAAUGAAACGCAUAGAGGAGAAGGAAAAGGAACGUGAAAAGAUACGCAAAGAGAAGGACAAGAUCCGUGCCGAGAAGGAGAAAGAGCGUGAGAAGAAGGAACAGGAGCGCGACAAGCAAUUGGAAAAGGAGGAGAAAGAGCGUGAGAAGCAACGUGAGAAGGCCCGCAAGGAGCGUGAAAAGCAACGCAAAGAGGAAGAAAGGGAAGCCGAAAAGGCUAAAAAGGCUCAAAGGGCCUAAUCCACUCUGCCCCACUCUGCUACUAGUUACCACUCUCUUAACUACUGUGUCCUCUUAGUAUUAGUUUUACACACUCACUUCUAUACACAAAAACCCAAUUUGAGGAAAUUGUGUGAUGCACGAAAAACCAAGCCAACCAAACCAACACAAAAAAUGAAACGAAUCAGAUAUAAUGUUAUUCACUUGUAACAAUAAAUGCUCACACAUUGUGCUAUGCAACAACAACAAUGUUGCAUCUGAG